AUGAUGUGCUAUUUGGAUUAUUCUUCUCCGUUCUACCUAGCUAUGGUGGUUGUUGGUUUAUUGACACCAAUAGCUUCAUCGGAAUCCAAUUUUGGAUCACGACCUCUUUGGGGAUCUGGAAGAGGACGACCGCCAGGCAAAACAUGCCUCGAUUAUUGUCAGUUAUUUUCAAUAUGUCACCAUGGGAAAUGUUUUCUCGAUCAAUCUACCUGUGAUGUAAUUUGCGCAUGCGAGGAAGGAUAUGUAGGAAAAUGGUGUAAAGAGAAGGUGAGUAAAGUAGAAAAUGAAGGUGGCAAUAACACACAAGAUGGAACACCAUGGAUAACUCAGUCACAAUCUGCACCAUCGGGUCCAACGAAAAGACCGCUAAUGAUAUUAGGAACAUUCAGACCACGCAAUGGCAACAAAAAGAGUCCACCAUUUAUAUUUCCCUUAGUUAAGCCACCGUCUAACACACAACCACAACUCAAUGACGACGUAAAUAAACAAGAAGAAAGAAAGCCAAGUGACAAUUCUUCUAACAAUGUUAGAUCGAACGCCAAAACAAUUGGUUUACCAAAUAACACUACAAUGGAAAUCAUGCAUAACAAUAUAACGAAUUUUGAAUUCGAAUCUACCAAUAGCACUGCUCAGGAUACUUUGGAGAAUACUAAAAUUGGUGGUACCGUUAAUACGACUAGCUCCGUACUUAGCACAUCCAAUACAUUGAACAAUGCUAAAUUGACAGAAGUGUCGACGGUAAAUCCGCUAUCUCUUAAAACAGUGUGUGAGAAGUCGUGUCAAACUGGACAGUGUUUAUUGAAUGGUGGUGUGUAUAGAUGUUUUCAGGAGUCAUCACCAUUUAUCCUACCCGCCGUGGACAAUACCUCGAUGGCGGUCAGAGGAGAAUGCAGCAAAGGCUUUCGGUGUAAACAUGGCGUCUGUGAUCCAGAUCAACUUCGGAAGGGCCGAAUUAAAUGUCUCUGUGAUAAGGGGUGGAUUGGUACGCUGUGUGAACAUGCAUGUGAGCUGGACUGUGGAGAACGUGGUUCCUGCGGCCAUCGCGACAAGAAUAAAACUUCCAUGGUAUGCCUGUGCGAUGCUGGCUAUGAAGGUGACCGAUGUCAGGAUUUGAUAAUCCUUCCAGAGUUCACUAAAGAAGAAGACGACACCUCUGUACAUUUAUAUGUGAUUGGUUUCACCAUUGGUUCCCUUGUAUUCUUCACAAUCAUCGUUUGCCUCAUCACUUACUUCAUGUGGCGGCGGCGAUUCGUCUUUAUCAUGAAGAUCGUGCACUACUUUCAACACUACGAGGAAAAUGACGGACAAAUCUAUGACGCUUUCAUAUCUUACAAAUCUUCUAAAGAGGAUGAACAGUUUGUCCUCACCAAGCUUUACCCAAAGUUGGAAAUGGAAAUGGGAUUCAAAGUGUGCAUGCAUUUUCGAGACUUUACGCCGGGUGAAGCUAUCGCCAAUAACAUUAUUUCAGCAAUAGAGAGGAGCCGCAGGACUAUCAUGAUCCUUACUCCUAAUUAUAUAAACAGUGAAUGGUGCCGCAUGGAGUAUCAGAAAGCGCAGCACGAAAUGUUGAAGAUGCGUCACAAAAUAAUACCUAUUGUUCUGGAAGAUGUAUCGAAAUGUAAAACACUAGACAAAAACCUUAAAACUAUCCUUAGUACGGUGACAUACAUAGAAUGGCCAGGCGAAGAGGAUUCGAAAAGACUUGAGAAAUUCUGGAAGAAAAUUGAACUUUCAUUACCGAAGAAACGCGCUGGAGAACAUUUGUCGCCCCAUAGUGAGACAUCGGCGUCCACUAGUUCCUCGACAACGUCCAUUGAUAUGGAUGAAUCGAAAGUGAGUUCCGAAGAUCCCAUGUCCAACACAAAACUUUCUACGAUAUCGGAUUCUGUUCACAAUAUUGUUGAAGACUGUGAUCCGAAAACAUCUUCACAAGGCACUCGAUUGUCCAGCAAAGCUCGGAGUGAAACACGAUUGAAGAAAAUGAAAGAUGUGUUGAAGUUGAAAAUAAACAAUAACAACAAUCGUCCUUUGUGUCGGGAGAUAUCAGUAGACUCCAACAUAUUGACACCGGCGUCUGCCACCCCAUCGCCGGGCUUCUUUGGCGGUAAAGACUCAACACCACUUCUGUCUAGAAAGUUGCUGAGUUCUAAACACGUAAGUAAGAGUGUUUCAAAGUCAUCUACGUGGUCCCAUCGUAACCACAAUCGAAGUCGCAAAAACUCCCAGACACAAUCACAGUCUUUUACAGAGCGGGACCACAAUCGUCCCGGCCUGGAUGUCAUUCCACAGACACCAAAUAGUGCGACUUCUAGUGGAGUCGACCUGCCGGACGUGUGCCGCACCGGCGGGUAUUAUAACAUCGUCUGUGGGGAGAACACUUCCCCUUCACACGAGAACGAUUUAACGGGAACGCCACAAUGUCCAACGUGCAUUCACCACCAGGAUGACGUGGAUGUUAACUCUGACAUAAACUUGCGUGUGGAAGAGGGACGAGUUCAACAGGAGAACAACUUAGGGACAACAUCUGACUUGAAUAUUAAUUUUGAUCAAGCAAAGUCUAUGUACCCUACCUGUGUCUAUAGUUUUGACGAUGAUGGUAAAAGUGUUGACGUCACAAACAAAUCAGUGAGUACAAACUGUCAUACGUGCGCACUUAAAUGUGACGUAGAUAACAUAAAUCAGAGAAGGGAAAGACAACUCACGUCUGAUUUAAAUAAUCCUUCUUCCGGGGAAGGUAGAACUUCAGUCUUUGACAAAGACAUAAACUAUGAAUCAGAUGAAAAAAUAUCCAAUAUCCAACCAAAUGAAAAUCCUUUGCUCAACAUUAUGGAACUUCCCGACAGGAAUCGUUAUAUUCCUAACUUUCACGUCAAUAAUGCAUUUAUAGACAACGAGGAUUAUAAUGUUCAGACUCCCGUUCCACCAAUACGUGUUAAGAAGUUGAUGCGACAGAACUCUAGAGAAAAUUUAUAA